UCGAGCCGUAAAGUUGUUGCAAACGUGUCAAGCGGAAAGUUUUUAUUGCCAGUUGCGUUUCAGUUAAGCGCGUUUCAGAACAGCCCUUGCAAUAACUAACGCAUAUUGUUUAUUCCAUAAGGAUAAGUGACGCCACAUAACAAAAGUCUUAGGCAACGAACGUGCGCCAGUAUGACACACCACACAAAGGAAGCUCAGGGCUCCAGUUGGAGAAUGACGACGCUUUGGCUGCUGCUCAGUGCGCUGCUCGUCACACAGAUAGCCUCGGCACAGGAACCGCCGGCGGCACCCGGCGAGUUUGCGCCCCAUGUCGCAGCCACGUGCAAAGCGGGCACGAUGAACAUCAAGGUGAAGUUCAGUUCCGGCUACACAGGCGCUGUUCAUGCGCGAGAUCAUCGCACACAGCCCUGUAUGGCCAUGGGCGAUGGCAGCGAUUCGGUUGCAUUCAGCCUCAACCUGUGGGCCAAGCAAGGAGCGCCAGACUACUGCGGAAUAUUGGUCAGCAACGUGAGUGGAAGCAAUCGUACGGAGGAGCGGUCCAUUCAGCUGGCAGUGCGUGUGCACAAAACUCUUGAACUGGCAGAUGAUAAAUUUUAUGUGAUUACCUGUGGCAAAUCGGGCUUCGCUCGCGAUGACAAUGCCCAUGUUGUGCUCAAGUUUCUGGAAAACGAUCAUCGCGUACGCGAAACGGUCUAUGGACAUGAGUAUAAGAUACGCGCGGAGUUCUCCAAACCAAACGAUACAUAUGGACUACGCGUGGGCAAUUGCUUUGCCUUUGACAAGAAAAACCUUACCCUCAAGCUCACAGAUGAUCGCGGCUGCCCCUAUGACGCAAGAAUUAUGAGUCGCUUUGUACCUACUUCCGAUGGGCGGGCAGCUGAAGCUACGCUCGCCUCCAUGUUCAAGUUUCCCGAGGGAUCCGAAGUUCAUGUGCAGUGUGACGUCAUCCAGUGCUAUGGUCGCUGUGUGGAAAUUGAUGAUUGCACUGAACUUUCCCUGGCUGGCUUUACAAAGGGCAAUGGCAAUGGACCCCGCAAAAUUGGACCCAACGAGGAAGGUUCUAGCAUAGCGGGCACAACCGUCUUCGUCUUAGAUCCUGCCGAGGCGCGACUAAUCUCACCGAACUGCGAUGAUCGUAUACGGCCUGGCUGGCUUUUGUGGCUUGCCAUAACUCUGGGCGUUCUGUUCCUCAUCAUGUUGCUGAUGAAUAUUUUCCUUUGCACUGCCAUGAGCUGUAGUUGUGCCAACACAGAGAUCAUUGAGAAGGAGCCCUCCAUCAUCGAGGAAUACGAUCCCUAUCGCAGUUGGCAUGGCAGCCAGUAUGGUUCACGUUAUUCGCUGCAUGGUAGAGAUGCGCACAAGGGUUAUACCAGCGGCGGUUCAACGAUACACUCAAAUAGGUCUAUACCAAUUGAUAACGAUUAUGCAAUUGUACAUUCACGACCCGGCUCUAGACAUUCCUCCACGUUGCAUGGACAGCGUGCACAUCGCGGACCGCCCAGUAAUAUAUAAUACAAACCAUAAUUCAUAAGUCGAAAUGUGACAGUUUUUUAUGUUUAGCAUAGUUUAGUUACGUUUUCCCCCAAUUCAAAUAAGUCUCAAAUGUAUAUAACUAAAAAAGCAUUCUGUUAAUUCUUUUCUAAAUUCUUUGAUGCAAAUAAGCUAAUGAAAUGAUGUCGCUGUAAAAUACUAAAUGAAAACAAAUACAUAAAAUUUCAUUGAAAUUUGCCUAAUAAUAUAAUUAAAAUAACAACUAAACAUAAGUCAUUAGUUUACCAUAAGUACGAUCGAAUGUGUACGAGAAUUAGUGAAAUGUUCAAACUAAAUGUAAAAAGCAAGAAACAAUAUCACUAAUUCGAAAUGCAAAAACUAUUUAGUCUAAAAACAAAACUAAGCAAUCAUUUGGAAAUGCGUUAAACGUCAAUCUUACGAUUUGUAAUUAAUUUAAAACAACAUAAAAUAAAUGUAAAAACAAAAUCAUUUUA